AGGCGGCGACGCUUGUCGCAAAGGCGGCCGCCGAAAAGCGCGGGAGGCAGAAAAAAAUGUCUUAUUCCUUUCGUCGGCAGUUGAUAUUCACUAAUUCUUGUUAAGAAGGCGCGGGCGGCGUCUGCGCGCUGUCUACUUGCGAAACGUGCGUGUAUGCGUCGGAUUUUAUCGUCGAGAGCUGAAGAUGUCGGUGAAAGCGCGCAGCAAGAUAAUCAAAAGCUUCCAAAUUAGAGGGUUCACGCUUCGCAGUGAGGCUAGCAAGUUCCUGUUAGAAGCCUUGACGCCGUUGGACGAGGAUCGCCAAGAUUUGUGGUUGAAACGUCUGCUAGACUCGCUUCAGGCACAACGCAUCAACGGGCCGUUCCUCACCAAGGACGAUGUUCUUGGCUGCAUCCGCGAGUUUGAACGGUCCGACAACGAUGGCACCGAUGUCCGUCUUCUGGUGGCUGACGCAUUCAGCCUUGCACCGCUCACUUACUGUCAGGAGCGGCGCAAGUUCGUGCCUCGCGAGUUGGCAGGCCACAGUGGGCCUCCGCGGCUGUUUGGUGAUGCGGGGGCCAAGGCGUUUUUCUUCCGCGAGCGUUAUCAGCUGGUGCUGCAGAAGACUGCACGCCACCACUGCUUUUCGUCGAGGUCACGCCUGCCCGCUGCCUCGGGCUUCGACCUGCGCCCCAUCGAGCACCUCCUGGGCACCACGGGCGAGCGCGUAGUCGUGCUCGGCAUGCUGUGCCAGCUCGAAGAGGGCAACUACUUUCUUGAGGACACAACUGGCUCUGUAAAGAUUGACACUUCUGGUACUAAGUUCACAGCCGACCUGUUUGUGGAGAACAGCUUUGUUCUGGCCGAGGGCUGCUACGAAGACAUGGCCUUCCAUGUUGAUGCCAUGGGCCUGCCUCCCAUCGAGCCAGCUUCAGAGACGCUGAAGUACAUGGGCGGAGCCAGCAUGUUUGACAUGUUUCCCGAGAAGUUACGGACUCAACUGGAGUUGAGUGAUGUGCCGGACAAUGCCCUGUUUGUGCUCCUCUCCGAUGUUUGGCUAGACCAACCUAAGGUUCUGUCACACCUGCGUGUGCUGUUCACCGGCUUCGCACAGGGUGCCCCCGCCUGCUUUGUGCUGGCAGGAAACUUCCUGUCACGUUCCACGGGCCUCCAGAAAGAUCGGGCGCUGCUCAAAGAGGGAUUCAAGGCACUGGCUGAAAUGCUCAACGAGUUUCCACUCCUAGUCAAGCACUCCCGGUUCAUCUUCGUCCCAGGACCCAGGGACCCGGGCCUCUCUAACGUGCUGCCCAGGCCAGGCCUGCCCCACCAGGUGACGGAGCCUCUGCGCUCUCGCGGUGGUAACGAAGCCGAGAGUGCACUGGCCGAGCGGUGUCACUGGGCGAGCAACCCGUGCAGGCUGCUGUACUGUGGACGCCAGGUGGUGCUGUGGCGACAGGAUGGCCUCGCCAAGGCCUGCCGCAACGCCGUGCAUCGACCCUGGGACAAGACGGGCCUCGACCUCGCUCAAGUGUACACACGGAGCCUGGCCGCCAAUGCACACCUGAGCCCAGUGUCGCCUGCAGUAACGCCCAUCUACUGGGAGUGGGACUUUGCUCUCUGGCUGCACCCACUGCCAGACGCAGCGGUCUGCUUUGACGCCUGUGAUGCAUUCACCGUCGAACAUGCAGGAUGUGUCUUCUUCAACCCCGGUUCAUUUCCAAAGACAGACUAUGGCUUCAAGGUUUACUACCCUGCCUUCAAGAAGGUUGAAGACAGCCAGAUUGGGAACGUCGCAGAGUGAUUAACCUUGCAGAUGAGCUUCAUCUCGCUCAUCUUUACUAUCUACCUGCAGAAACUGGUGAUUGUUGCUUCCCAAACAGCACCAAUUUGGUCUUGGGGCAAUUGGUGGAAGUCGUAUGGAUUCGUAAUGUUUACCAACAAGAUGUUGGGUAUGCGUGUGUGUGGGAGUGUAGGGAAGAGGUGGGGUCGUGAGGGUGUAUGUAGUGUCGCUAGCGCCACCUAGGCAUGUUAAUGGAAAACUACUGGGAGCAGUGACGCACGACGGCAUGGCACACCAUGUGCCACUUAGGUUCUAAAGCAAGAAAUAAACAGUGAUUGCAUAGAAGCGCGAUGCAGGGACCACCGUAAUUUGUUUGAAGACGCCAUUUUCGAGCUCCGAGCAGGGUAUGAAAGAAGCCUGGGUGCAGGCGAAGAAGUCUGCUGUACAGGAGUGAAUGAAUCCUGGUGUGACUCUGGCCUUUCCUCUUUCACACAUGGUCAGGAACAGGGUCCUGGCACGUCCCUAACCGUUUCCAAUGAUGUGUUAUGCCCGGGCCACUAGCCAUACUCGCUGCACAUGUGUACGCAGGCAGCUGUGUCUUGGCACAUCUCUGACCACUCACGUUGCUUGCUCGCCUCUUGGUGUUGUCACUGAAAUGGCACCUCCCCUUUAAGGAGACGCACUCUGCCUUGUUGCUCAUUUAUCUUUGUUGUUUUCCCCUCAUCUUCGAGCAUGCGAGCACAACAGCUUCUACUCGCAGCAAAGUGGUGGAGGUGAGGGGUAAACAUGGGGAGCGAGAAGCUGUCGCAAAGGCAGUCAUAGCAAUGCCCAUUGUGUUCAGGUUAAGGCACAUGUCAGGGAAACACCCAUCGAUCCCAAGAGUAAGUGGUGCAGCAAAGAAUCUGAAGAUGAACCACAGAGCUUAAUUAAAUGAGCUAUUCAAAUACCUCUUCUAAUUGGCAGCAAAGGAAAAUAGGAAGCAUCAAUGAGCAUUGAUGAAAAUUGUGUACUAGGGAACCGGGUAAUUAAAAUCGCCAUAAAAAUGAGGUAGACAACACAGCCAAUAAUGAGGUUGUGUGACAGGGGCAUAGCCAGGAAGGGGGGGGUUCAAAGCCCCGACCCCCAAAAAGGUUCAAUUUUGCUUUUGUAUACACCUAAACCUUGAUAUAACGAACACGGAUAUAAAGAAUUAAAUGAAGAAUAGCCUCGGUAAUAGAUACAGUGGUUCGAAUAUACGCUUAUAACAAAUUUUUGGAUAUAGCAAAGUUAUUUUCUUGUCAAAUGUGAGUUUGUUAUAAUAAGGUUUAAGUGUAUAUACACGCACGCACACAAACACACGCAUGAGCAUAUACAGUCAAACCUCGUUAAUACGUACCCGCUUUAAACGUACUAACGGUUAAAACGUAGUUGCGACGAAUCCCCGACCGAGUCCCAUAGAGCCCAAUGCAUUCGCUGACCGCUUAAGCCGUAGUGGUUCGCCCUAUGCCUACCGGUUAGUGCGUACCCUGCGUACCGCGAUAACUUUCUGUGCCAUAAAAUUUUACUGCGCCGCUCAACUUCCCGACGCCAGAAUGUGCCGCCAAAGAUCUUCCGCCUUUUUUAGAAGUGCGCAGAUCAGUCGAUCCCCGAUUCCGACUUCCGCGCGAUUGCGGCGACGCCUUUGCGGGUAAGCAUCGGGAAAGAACGAAGGCGAGGUGGCGGCCACCGACGAACGCGCCGACAUGACUUAUCGCCGACAACCUUAUCACAAUAAGU